CAACUUAUUUAAAUGCGCCGGAUAACUGAAAAACACAAGACUUUAAUGUUUGCAAUACAUGGUGUGAACUAAUCGACGUCCAAUUCCUCCCCUUAUAAUAUGGCAAAUCCUUUAAGAAGAGAGGUUGUUAGACUGUACAGAAAUCUUCUUUAUCUUGGUCGAGAGUAUCCACAGGGAUCAACUUAUUUUCGAGAGCGACUAAAGGCAUCUUUCAUGAAAAAUAAAGAUGUGACGGACCCAGAGAAAAUCAAGAAACUGGUGGCAAAGGGGGAUUUUGUUAUCAAAGAACUGGAGGCGAUGUAUUACUUGAGGAAGUACAGGACACUGAAGAAAAGAUACUAUGACCCAGAAAAAUAAGAUGAUUUAAAGUCAUCUAGUUGCCAAUACGUUUAGU